AUCUCUCGCCGUCUCGCGCGUAUCAUCAUCUGCUGCAAUUCUAUUCUGCUCUGGCUCCGCUGGCAGAAAUUUUUCUGAUUCGAAAAAUACUUGUACAUCUCACCAUUAGAUUCGAUAUUAAUUCUUUGAAACCAGAAUAAUUUGUUUGCUAAUGCUGGACAGAUGAUGAGGAACAAGAUGCAUUUGUGGCUGUGGUACGUUGCUUUAUCGUGUGCUUGCACGACGAUAGUUUUACUGGGAACAGCUGGCGAAGGUUUCGCCGAAGAGGACUCCGGCGAGCCAUCCCCGUCAACGCAGCCUUCGCUGCCGACCUGCCAACCGGAUGACUUUCAUUAUGCCAUGACGGAAUGUGAUGAGAACGGGGUAAGGUGGAGAGUCCAGGUUCCUCAACCAGACACAUGUAUAGGAGGUGCACCGGCAGCGCCGACAAGAGCCGUUGACUGUGGAUUCUCUUGCGGAGCUGGGGAAUAUUUGAACAUUGAUUCAGGUAGCUGCAGGCGAUGCCCGAAAGGAAAGUACUCCUUGGGUGGAGGUGAAAAAUUCACAGAAUGGUCCGAGCUCCCUCCAGACUUCACCGUUUCCUCAAGUGCGUUCUACUUCACAGAAGACAAUGAGCGUUGUAAUGAGUCAUAUUGGGAACCCAUCGGUAGCUUUGUAAGGUCUCCAGAUAGCACCUGUUCUUCCAAGCUUAUCUACACAGCAAACCUAGCCAAGGAGGGCUCGGUCAACUUUACCUACUCGCUCGCCACCGACUUCAACUAUUUUACUGUUGAGGUCCACAAUGAGCUGUGUCAGAGAGGUCAUAAAAGUGGAGGGGGUAAGGCAGUCACAGCUACGGGAGAAGGAGAGUGGAAAUCUGUGAAGUUGAACCUUGAUGCCGGUCUUAACGUGAUUACCUGGAAAUCCGAAGGACUCUACAUAGGGACUGGUAUCAAGAUACCAAGAGUGUACAUCAGAAGUAUUGAGGUAAUGGGACUGCAGUAUACCUCGGACUGUACAAAGUGUCCAGCGGGUACAUUCGCUGCAGAGAAAGGCUCUUCCAGUUGUAAUGAAUGUCCAGCAAACACAUAUUCUGAAGCAGGGGCUUCAAGCUGCACAGACUGCGAUACUGCCACCACGUAUUCAGUUCCUGGAUCAAGAAACUGCACCACAAGGAAGCCGUGCACGGAACAUGAUUACUACAAGAUACAUACCCCUUGCAAUGAAAACAACCAGACCCAGGUGAAGUAUAAAUGGAUUGAUCCCCAGUUGUGUAAUCCAAACGUCCCUCCAGUGGUGCAGCUUCCCACCUCUGGUAAAUUCCAGGCCUGUCCGCCCUGCAACCCUGGAAUGUCCAUUAGCAACAAGACCGAGUGCGAUUAUUGCCCAAGCAACCAGUUCAGUGAUGGGACAAAACCAUGUCAGGAUUGUCCUCCAAACACCACACCAGAGUAUGGGAUGACCUUCUCCUACUGGAACUCUCUUCCGCCCAACAUGCAUGCAUCAUGUGUGGCUACAACAAACGACUAUGGCUGUGCCUCUCGAGAGGGCUGGGUCCUCGCCGAAUCCUACAUCCACACUGGCCACGGCCACUCCGACGAUGCCUACCUCAUCCUCGAUCUGGAAGUCGAAGGGUUCCUCAAGGAGGCCAGCUACUUCAACGGGAAGGCAGAGGAGCUCGGUACCAUCUCCUUUGCCUUCAGUAUGGAAUGCGAAUCCGAGGAUUGUACCCUGUUCUUCCUGGAGGAACUCAAUGAGGCCAAUGUGAUCGAGUACUGGAUGGGAUCCAGGGAGAGACAGGAGUACAGAUACGCAGUGACCGUCCCAGGGAAGAGAGGCUUUACUUGGGCUUUCCAAAAGACGGAUGUGAACAACUUGGAUUAUGAUAACAACCACAGGUUUCCCAAUGAUAUUGUGAAAAUCUAUGAUAUAACGAUCACAAACACAGUGAACGGAGGAGCAGCGUCGUGUAAAGACUGCCCCCUGGGCAGUGAUCAUACUGGUUGCAUUCCAUGCGGGCCUGGACAGUAUAUUGAUGAAAAUUCUAAGCGCUGUGAAAAGUGCCCCGAAGAUACGUAUGUUCGAGCGAGUGAUCCUGUAGGAAAGGCAGCUUGUUUGGAAUGCCCAUCGGGUCUGAAGAGCAAUAGGGGUGAAAGCUGCUACAGUAACUGCCAUGUCCGACUCAACGAAAAGCACUAUGACCUGGUCUUGCUUCAAGGGCAACAAUCUGUAAUGUCAGGAGCAAGCUUCCUGACCGAGGGCAAUGCUUUCUACUAUCACUUCAACUUCAGUCUGUGUGGCAAAGCAGAAUCAAAUCUCGCCUCCUGCAUGGACAAUUCCUCUGCCAUUGGACAAGUUGUAGAUGAAGGGACAAUGGUGAACUCCUGGGUGUGUCGGUCAAUGAUGAUGCCUGGUAGCGAUGACUCUAAAUACAUGACCGCCAUCAAACCCAUCAGCCUUGGAGAUACCCUACUUGGAAUCAACGAUGGAGAUAGCCUUGGUGACAUCACUGAUACCAUUAUUCUUCAACCUGAAGAGGGCCUCAAGGAUCUCAAAUUCUACUACCAUUCACCACAGACAACCAAAGCUUGCCCGAAUGGACGUUCCACCAUCGUAACGCUCCGCUGUGAUCCCAGCGAAAAAGAAACAAACAAUAUAGAAUUGCCUGUAGCUUGCCCAAUAGCCGUAGAGAGUAACAAUAUGAGAGAGACGACAGUAGCACAAGCAGGUACUUGUGAUGGAUGUACAUUCCACAUGCUGUGGACUAGUCAGUACGCUUGCCCGGUCUGCACCAAUGAUGAUAUAGUGGCUAUCAAACAGGAGUGUAAGCACGGCCAUCAGGUCACCAAAUAUGUUUGGAAUGAUACAGUGAAAUGUGUUGGUGGUAUCACGUUACCCGAAGACAAGAUAACAGAAUGCGUAGUGCCCCCAUGGUACAGCCAAGUUCCUUUAUACGCUCAGGUGGCCAUAGCAGCCUUCGUAGGGUGUGCCAUACUCCUCUGCGCUAUGAUUGUCUGCAUCUGGAAGAAAAAUAGAAAACUUGAAUACAAAUACCAGAAGCUGGUGAGUUCAGCAUCGGGUGAGCUUCCUGCCGCAGACUCCUGCGCUAUCGAUGAAGACGACGAGGACGAGGUCCAUUUUGAGGAUGGAAGUAAGAACUCAAGAUCCUUCCUCAGCAAGUUCAAGUCUCGUGGUAGCUCAGACAAGCAAGGAUUACUGGAUGGGCCAGACAUGGAAGCCUUCCGUAUGAAGGAUCAACCUUCAAUUAUGACUCCACUUUCCGAAACCACAUGAUGAUAGCCAGGUCACAAAUCCAUCUCAUUUCAUUCACAGUAUUUUAGUUAGUUAGGUUAAGAUGUUAUUAUUUUAAGGUACUAUUUUGCACACAUAAUAAAAAGAAAUUGUACUAAAUCUAUGUUUUAAUAGUAGUAGUAAUGGUAUAUAGUACUAGUAGCAGUAGAAGUUGUAGUAGUAAUUAUAAUAGAAACAGUGAAGGAAUUAGAUUUUUUAAGUAGUGAAGUGACUCAUUUCUAUAUUAUGAACUGUUCUUUGAAUAUUUAUUUCGCUGGAAGCAUUUUCUGUUUUGCUUUAUUGAAUUCAACAUACAUGUGUUAUUUUAAAUUGCUAAUGUUUAACAGGCUGAUUAAACAUAGCAGAAGAUUAUUUGUGUGUUUUGGGGAAUGUUAGAAUAUGGAAGCUUUAAAGUGAUAUCGACCUGACUAGAUGGCGAAAUAAAUUGUCUUGUCAUGCCUAAUAAUGGCCUUAGCAUGUGAAAAUGGUGAGACGCAUGAUCUUGCCAAGUUAACUUGAAAGUGUUUUCCAUUGACAUGGUGAGAUGCAUUAUUUUGCCAAAAGUUAGUGUUGUCAUUGACAGUUAUGUUAUUACCAACAGUAUCUCUGCAUGUUGACUUUUUAAAAGUACACUUGGCGUAAGAGGAUUUUGUCGCCUUCCCGCACAAAGGCCGUUAGUGCACACUGUUCACGGCACGAUUGAGGCCUUUCCGUGGGAAGGCGACAUGCAGUGCGCGCUAAUUGCCUUUGUGUGGGAAGGCGACGCACAGUGCGCGCUACCAGCCUUUGUGCAGGAAGGCAGCGAUUUCUUGUCAUGUACAAAUUCAACUAUUUAUCUAUAAAUCGACUUGAUAAGAUAAUGUAUCUUGGCAUGAUAACAUAUAAUUCUUUAUAAGUUGAUGUCGCAUACUCAUCAAAUGGAUGUCACUUUAAAGCUUCCGUAUGUAGGAUAGUGAUCAUUCUUCGUCACAUGCCUGAUUUAGGGACACGGAAUGAGAUUGGAAAGAUAUCUCAACUAGCACUAUUUAAAAAUGUCACAGUUAGAUAUCAGUAGUAAAUUUCAACUUUUUGAAAUCUAAGUGACUCUUCUCAGAGCUCCAUUGCUCACAUUGUAUAUUCAGUUGAUGAAUAUAAACUUGCUGAUGUUCAUACUGAUAGUCAUUGGUGUAAGCAGUAUUGCAUGUUGAAAUUCAAUCAUUCCUGUAUUUUUUCAAAUGUAUUUUCAAAAACCUUUUCACAUUUACAUGUAACAUGUAGAUCAGUUAGAAAUUGGCCCAAUUUGAAUUUGAUUCAGAAAUUGUAUUCAGUGGAUGAAUAUAGAGAGGCCAAGGCUUCUAUACAUUCCAAGCUUGCACAAUGAAAAUUCUUGCUGAAUUAUUUAUUUGAUAAAAAAAGGGUUAUCUAUAAUCUAUUACCCUUUACAUUUAUUUUCUUUUUUUGUCGUCAAUUCUUCUGGUUUGAGUGAAGAAAUAUUUUAGAAAUGAAAAAACUGUCUUUUUAUUUCAUUCAGAGGAUUCCCAAAUUUCAAAGUUACAUGUAAGAACAUUGCUUCCCUCAUAGUUUAAAACUGUCUCAUAAAUCAUUUGUAUGAAACCUGUGCAGCUUCAAAUAUUUUUUUUCCAAUAGUGUUUCUUUGUUUUAAUGACAACUCAAACCUUGAGCCAAAGGAUUUUUUUUUAAUUUUAAAAGUAAUUAGGCUAGAUUAUAAAUAUGACCAACUUAAAACAUUAUAUAUGUUAACACGCUGUUUCCAAUUUCAGUCGAAUCCAUAUGUAUGUAUGUUAUCCUGUAUAAAAGAAAAAUGUAAGCACUAAGUAUAGAAAUAGAAUGCAAGUCUACGUAAUGAUCCAUUCAUCAAAGGAGAUUUGAUUUUUUUAUGAGUCUUGUUUAGAUUCAUACAUGCAGAGUGACAAUAUUGAAAUAAAUAAAAAAUAUUGAAAAUAUCAUUGACUUUUAUUGAUGUGAUGAAAUAUUUCAGCAGAAGUUAUUUGAUUGUAUCAUUUUACUUGGAAAAAUGAAAUAAUUUUUUUCAUCAUUGUUUUAUUGAUUUGAUGUAAAAAAGAUUAAUAAUGUCUUAUUUAUAUUAAUUUGACUUUUCAGCAAAACAGACACUCUUUUUCUAAUGUUAUGCAACACUCCACUGUGUGCCUUGAUGGUAUGUGUUCAGUGUUUUCUUGCAUGGUUGAUGAUGGGAUAGCGAUGAGACAAACUUUAUUUGAAAUUCAAAACAAUGUUUUUGAAAGAGAGAUGUGUUUCAAUUGCUUUCAUUUCCUUGUCUCCAAUUUCUUAUUCAUGUACAAGUUCUAAUUGAUACAUGUAUGACUAAGCAUUUGUUCUGUGUGAGAGUUUUUUUUUUUCAGAUUAAUAGAAUCAAAGUGCUUAUAUGGCUGUUCAAAUUACUUUUUCAAGGCAACAGAAGUUGGCUUUGGUGUGAAAUUUUUGUGUAGAUAUGAACAAAUAUACAAUAUGGACUUUUUACGCCCUACCCUUUUACACUCUUAUUUCAGGGGCUCCAUUGAGUUUGUGAUGCAAAGGAAACGUCAUUUGUGUGGAGUAGUGCAUGGUUUAUUUUACUUUGUAAUUUACUAUUUUUUCUAUUUUCAUGUUUUAUUUCAAGUAAUAUUUAAAAAAACUAAAUCUGCAGUUUUAGUUGUUGUUUUUUUAGUUUUGUGAGAAGUUCUUAAACUCUGGAAUGGAAUGAAAACCACACAUUUGCCAACAACAUCAGUGAUUAUUUUCUUCUAUUAUUUUGUAUGCUUGCUUCUUGAUCAGGAAAUAAGUUUGAUAUCUGAUCAAGUCUUUAUAUUUGGUACCACUGGUGGAUCGAGGGGGGGGGCACGGGCUGGCUGUGCCCCCUUCCCUCCCCCAUUUUGAGAGGCACGAUUAAAAUUUGUAAUGUAAAAAUGAUGUUAAAACAGAAGUGUGCCCCCCCUUUCAAAAAAUCCUGGAUCUGCCCGUUUGGUACUUCUUAAUCUGAGUAUGUGCUGUUUUUCAUACAAGGGCAGGAAUUGAUGAGGAUCCCGAAGAAGAGGCAAGGAUACUAAAUUGGUUUUAAUUUUAUUCAACAUGUGGAGAUAUUGUAGACACUGCAAUAAUGCCCCUGUGCAGCUCAGUGCAGCAUACAUGUACAUCUGAUGGGCACAUGAUUUUAAUGUGUAUGUUUAAUUAGUUUUAAACCAUUGAUGAAAAUAUAAAAGAAGAAUGGAUUACAUGUUUACCUCAUUUGUCUUUUUUUUUCUUUUUAUAUAUUUUUUUUUGGGGGGGGCAAAGGAGGUUUAUUAAUGAGCAUGGUGAGUGGUUUGAUUUCUCUUCUUUUUUAUUAACACUUUGAGCAUGGGUGUGAGAGUUCAAGUAUGAAGCUGAUUUUAAGUACUUUUUAUGCCUUUUCAGCUUUUUUGUGAAUUUCCUGUGUACGAAACUCAAGGAGUUUUUGUGAUUUCAGCCAUUUUCAGAUGUUUUUAUUUGUGGUCACUCAAAUUAAUAAAGGUUAUUAGAGGUUAUUUUUUUCUUAUACAGUAUUAAUCUGCUAGUUUAGGGAAUCAAUGAAUUUUAUUUCAGUCUGUGGGAAGAAAUGAAUCAGUAUUUAUUUGGGUAUUCAAUCAAUUCAUUAGUGCAAUUUUACUAUUAUACGCAUUGUGCAUGCUCAGGAUUAGGGUGUACCAGUGCUGUAAUAUUUGCAGGUGAGCUAUAGAGCUUGUUGAGUGCAUUUGCUUUUGCUGAAGCUGUAGUUGAGAUAAAUCAACGAGAUCAUUUGUUUUUUCUCUUCGAAUGCACAUUUUAUGGUAUAUUUGAUGAAUAUAAGCAUGCUUUAUUAAGGUGUGAAACAAAAAGCUCACUUCAUAAUAUGCCUUCAAACAGCCGCUGCUGUUGCAAAUUUCCCAUGAUGUGCAAAUAUUCAUAUUAUGCACUGUAGGCAAGGUCCAGGGUUCAAAUCUCUGUGCUGCCUUUGCAUCCCUGGCAAGGCAUUUAUCUACAUUUGCAACUCUCCACCCAGGUGUAGUAAUUGUGGACCCGGUAGGAUGAAAUUCCUUGAAUACUGGAGUACCUUAUCGGGGUAGCCGUGCUAAAGCUUAACAUGCUUAUACAUGUAUGAAAAAAUGCUAUAUGAAUAUAAUUAUGCACUUAGAUUUCAUUAUCAAGAUCAUUUAUAUUAUGCAUACAUCAGCCAGGUAUGAUCUGAUACACAGUAAGUGUGCAUUAAUUAUUAUAUACCAUGGUCAUGAUUUUUCAUCAUCUAUCAAAUGAACAGUCUUAUUUAUGCCUCUAUAGGUCAUGAAAGACGACUAUGAAGGCAUAGAAGCUUAGUCCAAAUAUUCAAAUAUAAGGCCUGUAUUCUGAAGUCGGGUUUAAGUCAGACCACGGUCUAACCCUGUGCUAGAAUUAUGGGAAGCCAAAAACUCAAAAAUUCUGCCUAUGUUGUAAAUUUCUGAUAUUUAUUAUUUUGUUUCACUUUGCUUUCAUAAUGAAGAUAAUAAUUCAGUAAUCAUUCUGAAACAGUUAUAAAUGAUUUGAGCGCCAUAAGAGUUAGUAAAUUGAACAUGUACUAAUAGAGAUUUGUGUUCCAAUUGGCUCAUCAUAGUUAAAUAACAAAUUUAAACCAGGUUUUAAUGUAAACCCAUGUUCAGAAUAUGGGCAGUCUAGUUUGAAUACUAUUUGCCAUAACUGGAAAGUGAUACUUCUAUUGUGUGAAAGUUCAGUUGGUCAAGCGAUGGUUUCGCAAUCCAGUGACCCGGGUUCGAUUCUCACUUGGUGCACUAGUGACCUUCGAUCAGUCUUUUAUCCUCAUCACUAGGUCCCUCGAAGAGGACCAAAUGCCAUCAGUCUCCUGGUUGCUUGCUUACAAGCAUUCUUGCUUUCUUAGCAGGUAAAAAAAACUCACCACCAUCUCUAUCUCAUUGCAUCAAAAGUUAAAUUGAGCCUUGUAGGAAUUAAUAAGCUCACAGUCUUACAAGAGGUGCAAAUUUUUUUUCAAGUUCAUAAGUGGAACAAUUAACCACGCAACACUUGUUGCAACAAAGUUGUUCAUGUCAUACAACAUUUAACAAAGCUUAAUAUUUUCGUAUUGGUGCAAUGGUUGAAAAAAUAUCCUUUCUUGCUUGUAUUCAAUCCAAUUAUCUUUAUGUCAUUAAUGUCUUCUCAAAUGUGCAAUCUAACAAAAAAUUGAGUAUUUUAAUAUGUUUAAUUAUUAUUUGGGUAUCUGUUUGUGUUGAGGGUUAAUAUGUUGACUAACAGGGAUGUACGGUUAUUCAUGUAUGUAUUUAUGUAUAUAUGUAUGUUAUAAAUGCCUUGAUCUUAAUGUCUCUUUGAAAGGUGUUAUGAUAAGUGUAAAAUAUUUAUCUCAACACUAUAUUUUUUCUUAAACAUCACUAGUAAAGCAGGGUUAUUAAUUACAGGUUUUGUUUUGCUGAUGUAAAAAUGUGCAUCGUUCAAUUCUAAUACACUACCUGUAAAUCACACUUGUUUUGUUCAAUGUUCAGUUUGGUGAACAAUAUUUCUUAUAAAGUAAAUAGCACAAAGUAUGAUCAAAUACAUGUAUGUCAACAAAACUACAUUUGGGAACUAUCAAUAAAUAAUUUGGUACAAAUUCCUUUCUUGACAUUUGAAAAGAAUGUGUCUUUUUCGUAAGUUUUUUUGUGAAUUGUACGAAGACAGCUAUGUGUAUUUCAUAAUAAAACUACUAUAUUCAUAUCAUUGUCAAGGGCAUAUGUGUAUUUAGGGACAUGUCUUUCCUUUUCUUUUAAACUGUCUAAUGAAAAUAAAUAAGACAUCACACAAUA